AUGCCUCGUCGAAGGCGUCCUGCUCGUCCAGGCGCCCUCGCCGACCUUGCGCCAAAACGGAUCCUCGCUCAAAUCGUCAUACUACAACUUCUAUACUACGCCGUCGCAGCUGCCUUGAUCCUCUUCACCACCCUCGUCGCAGGCAGAGAAGUCACGGCAGAUCUGCUUCUCAGCUGGCGCUCCGUCCGAAGCGAUGUCACCACAGGCUGGAUGCUGGGCCUCUGCUGGAUGAUGGACAGCCUGAUCUGUGUCAUCUUCCUACUCCUAUUCAUCGCCCGAUCAAAACUCGUCCCUGACUUUGCCAUCACCAUUCACGUCAUCAACCUCGUUGUCACCACCCUCUACACCAAGGAACUGCCUACAAAAUUCUUUUGGUGGGGCCUGCAAUUCUGCAGUGCUGGCCUCAUGAUCUUCCUCGGUGUCUGGGCAUGCCAGUGGAGAGAGUUGAAGCCGAUAUCUUUUGGAGGAAAGGGAAAACAAACUGCCCCUGCAGGCGACCCUGCCGCCAUCGAAGAGGGAGCGGGUUUCGCAAGAGAAGGAAGAGGCCCUGGUAGUGAUGGAGCUGGCGCAUACGAGAUGGCCGCCAUGUCUUCCAGAGACCACGCUGCAUGA